AAAGCAACCAGCGUUGAGAGCAGUGGUUGCAUUAGAUGGUUUAUUGCCAGCAGUGAUUGUGAUGUGAGGUUGCUUGAGGAAAGACUGAUAAUGAAGUUGAAGUAUUACGCGAUCUUGUUUGCAUUCUUUGCUGCGUUCGUGGAAGGAAACGAAAUUCGCUGCUUUUCGUGUGACGAUUGCCUCAAACAAGCGCCAACGAUCGUCGAAUGCAACGCCAAGAAUGGCCUCGAUCUGAACGCGUUUAGCUACAACCCCACGUACCCCAUCCUGACACCGUCCACGCCAGCGUGGAACACAAACCCCUGGGAUCCAAUCCUAACGCCACCGACCUUGCCACCGAACGGCAAUCAGAACAAUCCGUGGGAUCCGCUACUAACACCGCCACCGGUCGUCGGUGGUGAUAACAAUGGAGGCGCCUGGUAUCCGGGCAAUCCGAUCAUCACUCCACCGCCCCUGUACGGUAAUGGGGGCAAUGGUAAUCAGCUGAAUCCUUGGGAUCCGCAGCUUACUCCACCACCGCCGGUCGGUGGCAAUACUGCGUGGAAUCCGGGCAAUCCCAUCCUAACGCCACCGACCACGUACUACCCGUUCGGACAGGCGAAAGGACAUCUAAAGCCACAGAAGCGCUUCGUCUGUGCGACGAUUCGUAGCAAAGGAAAAGAUUCCCAAAAGGAUACGAUUCAUCGACGUGGAUGUGCUGAAAUUGAAGGAUACGCUAUCGGUGUGUGUGAUCAAGGGCAGAUCCCGGUCACGGAGGGUGGCAUUACGAGUUGCCGUGUCUGUGGACACUCACUGUGCAAUGAGUAGGUCCAGGUUGGGAGCCUUGAAGAAGAUUAUGAUACGAGCAUGCUGUGAUUUGUUUUGAAGUUGAUGUGAGGAAUCGUUCAGUCGAUAUGUUGGUCAUUGAAAUAAAUGCAAUUGUUCAGAAUAUGGUUAUUACUAUUAAAAAA